UGUCGUUCUACGAGGCAUUCCUGGACGACAAUGAUUCCUCGGCAGUCAUAUAUUCCGAUGGGUGGAAUGUUAUGACCCAGGACGGUAGCUGGACUGGAUCGAUGCACCAGACGGCCAGAAUUGGCUCAUAUGUAAGGAUUCGAUUCACAGGUUCGGCCGUCUCCAUUAUAUGUACCAUACCCACAGGCUCGCAGGGCGAGCGCGUUCUCGCGUCCGUCAGCAUCGACGGAGGUCUGCCUGUCAAUGUAUCGGCCACAUGCACUCCUCCAGUCCAGUGGAAUUAUCGGCUCUUCACCGCCGAAUCGCUCCCGUAUGGGUCCCACCUUCUGGUCAUGACCAACACCGGGAACGAGAACUACCUAAGGGUGGAUCGUGUUGACUACGAUCCCACGGACAGGUAUUCUCCUAAGACGUCGUCUACUCAAGCUCCACCUCCGCCAGCUACAUCUGUUGUAGUCGUUACAGCCUCGCCUGUAGCUAGAAACACCCCCGCGCACACCAUCUCCUCAACGAUUUCUCUUCCUGGUUCAAUUGGUCUUUUGGCACAGAAUAUAUCUGCCACCUCCGAUGUUGUGCCUAGUACCAGUACAACUGACAGCGCAUACGAGAACUCGAUUACAAGCUCUCCGACAGCGACAGCGAUUACAGCUAACGACAUUGUGGGUGCUGGGUCCCACUCAUCGCCUUCCACGGUAGCUAUUGUCGGAGGUGUUCUUGGUGGUCUUUUGACUCUCGUUAUUUUGGGCAUCAUCGCAUAUUUUCUUCGUCGCCGUCAGAAGGAGCGAUCGCGCCGCCUCCAAGACAUGGAUCUGACCCAGGAAUCUUACCCCCAUAGAUGACCAGAGAUCGAAGUCGUCACCACCGCUACCCCUUUUGUGCUAUAUCCACUUCUCACUCAGCCAUCGGUAGAGUCCUUUAGCAGACCUUCGACGCGUCACCUGCACAUGCCCAUCACGGAUGAAAAGGGAGAUCGAGGACUUGGCCGGCGCUGGUCCAUCGGCAGCAGCCAGGUUUCAGCCUCAGUCUCGGGACAUUCGACAUCCCAAGCGGCUCUCAUAGACAUAUCUUCAUCUACACAUAAUAUCUCUCCUACUCGUUCAGACCAUGCGCCUCUUACGCCUCUCAGAAAGGGGAUGAGCGCAAGUGCCUACCCACAACUAACGUACCACGAGGCUCCUCCAGCGUACCAUGGCGGUGGGUCGGCGUAGG